GACAACGUCAGAGUGGUGGGAUGGCCUGGUCAAUGGGCCGUCAUCCCACGUAGAGCUCAUCAGGCAGCGGAAACCUUCAAGCGACGAGGUGCAGGCCACGUCGAGCGAGGAGGGUCACGAGGAUGAGGAUGCGACAAAAGGCAUCUUGAACAUCCUGGCUUCCGUCAAGACGUCGGUGGUUGCAGCCGUGCUUGGCACUGGAAGCGGCCGAUCUGAUGAGGAUGAGGACAACAAGGACCCUCCCGUCGAGGAGGAGGGCAGUGAGGAUUGGUGGCAAUCCGCUCAAGCGGCCCUAGGAAUGGCGGAUGACUCUGACAAAGCAGAGUCUCCUGCAGCCAUGACGGAGGAGCCGGAGGAGGUAUCUGCAGCCCUGCCGCAGAGGCAGGAAGAGGAAGCAGCAGAGGAGCCGUUAGAGUUGGAGGCAGAGCCGGUGCUGGAGGCCGUCGAUGUGCCGGAGGAUGCGGAUCCUCAAGAGGAUGAGCCGCCACCAGAGCCACUCGCAGAGGUUGAGGUUCUACCACCACCCGAAGUGCCCGGGAUGGAAGAUGCGAACCUCGUCGUCUCGGUUGAGAUCGAUGAAAAGAAGCAGAAAGUCUUGAAAGCAGGAGAAGAGGGCGCCGAGAACCUGAUGGCUGGCUCCAACCGGCAGAUCCUGGAGGCGAUGGCCCAGGAGGGAUGGGAGGUGGAGGUGGUCAAUGAGUCUGAAAACCUCUACAUGCUCUCCUUGCCGCCCGUGCUCUACGAGGUCAUGGGGAGCACCAUCUCCAUCCCAGCUCCGAAAUUUUUAACGAAGCUGCGCGACACGCGCGGCACUCCGACCUCUGGUCCCUACCAGGGGAGAAUGGAGGGCGACCUUGUGCUGCAGAACGGCGAGGGCAUCUUCACUCUUCAGUUAGGGUUUCCUUUCCGAAGCACGCUCUCGAUUUCGGCAGCUGGUUGGACAAGGGCCCAAAUUAGCUGGAAGGGCGACGAGAUAGUCGCAACCAACUACGUCGAGGUUGGCAUCAAGCUGCCGAAGGUGCCCGGCCUCACGAACAUCAUGGAAUAUUUUGUCAAGAGUUACGGAACGCAGUCUACCCAGGACUGCACAGAUGCGCUCGCAAGAGCUGCGGAGGUUGCAAGGCCUCCAGAGACACCGUUGCAAAUCGUCGAAGAAAAGGUGAAGGAGCUCUUCACCCCCUUGACGGGACCAGAGCCGGAGGAGGCUGAGACGCAGCCGGAGACUGACGCCGUCGAUCCGGUCGAGGUCGGGCUCACUCUGCCUUCGAUAGCCGAAGCUGAGCCAGCUUCCCCUGAGGAGCAAGCUUCAAGCGAGGAUCCGCUGCCGCCGGUCGUGCCGGGCAUGGAGGAAGCCAACCUCGUCGUCCGAGUCAAGAUCGACCCCAAGAGAAGACGAGUGGAGGAUCUCGGGGCAGAG